UAAAACCCGAUUCUCUCAACAAUGCCCGUUGAUGACCGAUAAAUUCCCUACAACCAAUUUCCAAUCGGUUAAUCAGGAAAUCGAACAAGAAAUCCAUCUUUUUUGGUUCAGGUGAAAAUUUUCAAUAUUUUUGGGGCUGUUUGAACUUGAGAGAAAUAUGCAGAGCCAAAUAGUGUGCAGUGGUUGUAGAAGCAUUUUGCUCUAUCCGAGAGGAGCUUCGAAUGUGUGCUGUGCAUUAUGUAAUUCUGUUACCUCGGUUCCUCCUUCCGGGAUGGAAAUGGCCCAACUGAUUUGUGGAGGUUGCCGCACGUUGCUAAUGUAUACACGUGGUGCCACAAGCGUUAGAUGCUCUUGUUGUCAUAUAGUGAAUCUUGCGCCAGUUUCAAACCAGCUGGCUCAAGUCAAUUGUGCAAAUUGCCGGACGAUGCUGAUGUAUCCAUAUGGUCCACCAUCAGUUAAAUGUGCAGUUUGUCACUACAUUACAAAUGUCAAUGCGAGCAAUGGAAGGGUUCCUAUUCCAGUGCAACCUAAUGCAACUACCACACCAGAAUCAAUGCCCUCUACUUCAACAGACAUGCCCAGUUCUCAUACUCAAACCAUUGUCGUUGAAAACCCCAAUUCUGUUGAUGAGAACGGAAAACUGGUAAGCAAUGUCGUUGUCGGGGUGACAACGGAGAAGAAAUCAAGCAACUGAUACGAUGCAAGUUGUGAUUGAAAAGGGGUCUUUAGAGGUUGAAUUUGUAUACUAUUAGAAAGGGAAAAAAUUGGUUCCAUAUUGACACUAUUGUAAUUAAGAUUGUUCAGAAAAUUCGGAGGGCUUGAUGUGUUUUGAGUUAAAGAGAAGAUAUGGUUCAUAGAAAAGGGAUAGAGUUCUACUAUAUACAUAUACUUGGGUCAAUUAUGUGAAUUGCUUGUAAAUGAUGUGAUAAAAGAGGUUUGUGUUUCUAUUUUCAUGAAUAAUGUCAAAUUUGGUC